CUCCUGGGAUUCUCGGAGGUACGGGAACUGCAGCUGGUCCACGCUGCCCUGUUCCUCCUGGUCUACCUGGCGGCCCUGACGGGGAAUCUCCUCAUCUUCACCGUCACCGCCCUCGACCGGCGCCUCCACACCCCCAUGUACUUCUUCCUCAGGAACUUGUCCGUCCUCGACCUCGGCCUCAUCUCCGUCAUCGUCCCCAAGUCCAUCCACAACUCCCUGACUAAUAAUAACUCCAUCGCCUUCUUAGGCUGCAUCACUCAGCUCUUUCUGUGGAUAUUCUUUGCGGGUUCUGAGUAUUUCGUCCUCACGGCGAUGUCCUACGACCGCUAUGCCGCCAUCUGCCUCCCCCUGCGUUACGAGGUCAUCAUGGAUCGAGGGGCCUGUGGGAAGUUGGCCGCCGCAUCCUGGCUCGGAGGAGGACUGCUUGGGGCCUUAUUUUCAGCUUCGACCUUCUCCAUGUCCUUCUGCGGGUACAACGUCAUCCCUCAGUUCUUCUGUGACGUCCCCGCUCUGCUGAAGAUCUCCUGCUCCGAGAAACACGUUGUCAUGGACGUGAUCAUGACCAUAGGUGUAGUGAUUGCCGUCGUCUUCUUCGUGUUCAUCGUAAUCUCGUACAUCCGCAUUUUCUGGGCCGUGCUGAGGAUGCCGGCCGCCGAGGGCCGGGCAAAAGCCUUCUCCACCUGCCUGCCCCAUCUCGCUGUCGUCAUUGCUUUUUUCUCUACCGCGUCUUCCGCCUACCUCAAACUGCCCUCGGACUCCCGCUCGACAAUGGAUCUGCUGCCAUCCACGUUUUACACCGUGGUGCCCCCCACCCUCAACCCCCUCAUCUACAGCCUGAGGAAUAAAGAUGUGAAGUCUGCCCUGGGGAGGGUCGACCGACGAGAUGGAGUGAGCUUCUCUCUCAGCAAUGUUCGAUGCUCCCCAGCUCAGGACGGCCCCGGUGACUCCGGAAAGAAGCAAGGGAAAUACGAGAUCCAUCUGCAUAUGGGCUGUGCCGUCAAGGACUUCUCCGUUCCCUGGCUUUCCGGCUCAGAGACAUCAGUCCUCACGGUGAUGCCCUGUCCCGAGGUUUCGUUCUGCUUCGUUUCCAUCGUCGACCCGUACGCCCGCAUCUUCUGGGCCGUCCUGAGGAUGCCGGCCGCCGAGGGCUAG